CGACCGAAUGAUCCCAUUUGCGCGAACUUGACGCCAUUAUGGUGAUUUUCUAAAAGUGAAAGUCCCAUAUAUUAUAAAUUUUGAAUCGAAUCGAUAGUUGUUAUUGAUUUAUUGGAUUUUUUUGGAUAAUUAAUUAAAAAAAAAAUAUCAAAAAUGGUGCGGUGGAGUGUUUCUGUUUGUUUUUUAACGGCCUUUUUGUGCUACGUCAGCUGUCAAAUACCCCCGAGACUACAAAUUCCGGGAGCGAUUCCGGUAGGCGGGGCCAGACCGGCCCCUUUUAGGCCACAAAACGCUUUGUCCGCCGGCGGUCCUAGACUUAGGAGACCCAACGUGCUUCAAUCCUCCUCCAGAGAGGUUAGACCUGUUGUGGAGGAGGUAGAAGAGCCGAACUACCCGGUUCAAGCACCAGUCGCGAGACCGACCGUGUCCGCCUUCGACGAGGAAGUCAGCCGAUUGGCCCAGCAAAGUUUAGAAGAAGAAGAGGAGCGUCCCGUGCCGUUUAGACCGGAACGGCCCGUACCCAUCGCUAGAGACCAAAUUAGGGAAAAACCGAUCCAGUCUAGACCGCCCCCGCCGGCCCCUACCAGGGCAAUCACUAGACAAGAGUCUAGGAACGAUCCUCCCCCAGUCACGAGACAAGUACCAGUAAGACAAGCCCAGGAGAGACCGCGUCCGGCAGCUAAAAUUCCCCCGAGGCAACAAUACGACGACGAGGAAGACCUGAGGGACAGGAGGCGCAGGCCUGUGGUGCAAAUUUUAAGGAAGUACCGCACCGAUAACGACGACGGCAGCAUCACUUGGGGAUUCGAAAACGACGACGGCACCUGGAAGGAGGAGACCCUCGGUACCGACUGUAUUAUCAGAGGGAAAUACGGAUACGUCGAUCCCGAUGACGUCAAGAGGGAAUUCACUUACGAAGCGGGUAACAAGUGCGACGAGCCAGAAUUGGACGAGGAGGAGGAGCUGAUUCCUCAAAAACAAAAUAUUCCUAGCAGAAAUAAACCGUUGCCAUAUGCCAGGCCCCAGGCGCAGGCGCAAGCACAACCUCAGUAUGUAAAUUAAGUUUAAAUUGUAUGUACUAGCUUUAAGUUUCUUUUUUAUUGAUGUAUAUUGUAUAUAUAAUAAAUAAAAACAUUAUAUAUUUGGAUUGUGAAA